GAUAACGAUACACGCGACUGCUAUAUACUGGACCCGCAAAUUGCGCAAGCAGCAGCACAACCUGGUGUAGUGACUCCACUGGGAAUUGUUUGUGACGAUGAUAAGGGUACACUCAACAUCGAUAUGACCUUCGAGCCCUGGUCAACAUACAACAAACAAACUACCGAUCCGCUGCUUGUUCCAGACGUCUACUAUCCCACGCGAACCUGUAGUGAUACCCGUCUCUAUAACGACGCACACUUCCUAGAGGAGCAAUUCCCAGAUAUGGGAGGUGACGAUCUGUGGAACCGUAUGUACGCCGAGAUGGCCGCAGCCCAGAAGUUUAUCUACAUCACCGGGUGGUCAGUAUACCCCACACUGCGUAUGAUCCGAAUGCCCACGCCUGGAGAGACCCUGCAGGAUUUGCUCAUCAGGAAAGCCGACGAGGGUGUGCAGGUAGUUGUCAUGGUCUGGGGUAAUGCCGUGCCCGUAUUCGCCACAUACGAUCGCGCGGUGGAGGACGCAUUCGAGGGCACUAACGUUAAAGCCAUUCGAGCGUUCCGGCGCAUACCGGCCCAGUUUAACCUCGAAAGUUUCGGGGAUGUGUCCUUCACGCACCACCAAAAGGAAGUGCUUAUAGACAACGAAGCGGGUGAUAUGAUUGCGUAUGUGGGGGGUGUUGAUUUGACCACCGGACGGUACGACGACCAAUCACAUCCUUUGGUAGGGCGACCGGCGAACGUGGACGCUGAUGACUACUACCAGAACACGUACGCCGACGCCAAAGCCGGCGUCACACCGCGCGAGCCGUGGCACGAUAUCCACUCACGCAACACCAACCAGGGGGCUGUGGACGCGUUCAACAACUUUGUGGAGAGGCACGAGAGAGAGAAGAAGGAGGAUACCAAGAACGCCGAUAGCGUUCUGAUUGACUACACAACCCUCGCGGCAUUCGCGGCCACGGCCACGUGCCCGGCGAAUGAUACCUGGACCACGCAGACGGUGCGAUCGAUUGAUGUGAAUAGUUUCAUCCCCAACCCGGAAUGGGCCACCCCCAAGACCAUGAGCACCAUGUCGACGGGCGAGUAUAACGUCGAUAUGUCGGUACACAACUCGUACAUUCACCAUAUCAUGGCUGCCAAGAAGUUCAUCUACCUCGAGAAUCAGUACUUCCUGGGCUCAGCCCAGUACUGGCCCUCCUCACAGAAUAUGCCCCAGAAUGAGGUACCCAUUGCCCUGUCGUCACGUAUUACUGAGGCGGUCCGGGACGGUCAAGAGUUCUGUGUCUACGCCACCACACCGUUGUUCCCCGAGGGUCUCCCCGAGGCUGCGUCUACACAGGAAAUCAUGUACUGGCAAUCCCAGACCGUGGAUAUGAUGACACGCACUGUAGCCACCGCCAUCAACGCACAGAAGGCCAAGGACUCUACGUUCAACAAGACUAUAUCCGACUAUCUCCAGUUUUUCUGGCCCGGAAAUCGGCAGUACAACGAUGUGAUGUCACAAGAUAACGCCGAGAUGAUCUACGUCCACUCCAAACACUUGCUUGUGGACGAUACCAUCUCCAUCAUUGGGUCUGCCAAUAUAAACGACCGGUCCAUGAACGGUGAUCGAGACACCGAGAUCGCCGUAGUAGCCCACGAGCCUACGUUUGUGCGCACGGCUUCGGGUAACACCACCACACUACCCAAAGGGAAGGUAUACGAACACCGCAAGCGGCUGUGGACAGAGCAUAUGGGCCCUACCGUGUACGCCGCGUGUGACGCCAACCCGUGCUCGGCCGAGUGUAGCCAGGCACUCAAGGACAACGGGCAGAAGAAUAUGGACACGUUUUACCUACCGCUGGACCAGCGCGUAGAUCUGGAUAACCAUUUGAUCCGGUUUCCCUAUGCUAUAGACGAGGAUACAGGGGCUGUGUCCGCCAUCUCUGGUAAAGAGACGGUGCCUCAUAAAGCAGGCCUGAUGUUGGGUAAGCCCAGUACCGCUGUACCGGACUUUGGAACGACGCGGAACCGUCCGGUGAGGGUUCCGGCGGGGCGUAAAUGAAGCUACGGAGGAGGAGGAUAUUUAGUGUACAUUAAUAUACAAUCAAUAAAGGAUAAGUUACGGAGGAGGAUAAUAUUUAGUGUACAUUAAUAUACAAUUAAUAAAGUUAAAGCUACGGAGGAGGAUGAUAUUUAGUG